AUGGGGCUCAUGCGAGUCCAAGCUGUGAGUAGUAAAAGUGCUCAGCAGUUAAUAAAGAUGAUUCAUGUGCGAGAAAGACAGAUCUUUGAGUCUGAGGAUGAAGGUAUCACUAAAAUAUACAAGGAGCGUUCCAGGAUCAAUAACAAGUUUAAUUUUUACUAUAUGAUGGUUAACUAUUGGGAUACCAUUAGCUACUUGUACAUUAUAUUUCCUCUAUUUUACCCAUACCAAGAGAUCUACGAUCCUGUUAAAAACCAAACCAAACUACACAAAGAUUUGCCAAUUAAUUCAUGGAUACCAUUUGACAUUGAUCAAAAUUAUUUCAAAGCUUUCUUAUGGGAAGAGAUCGCUGCAACUUGUUGUGCAGUCUACAAUUAUGGAACAGAUAUCUUCUUUUUCAGCUUUAUUAGUUAUAUUAUAGGACAACUCGACAUUCUUAAUUACAUUAUUUUGAAUUUUGAGAGUUAUAAGGAGAAAAUUAAGGAUCAAAUUGAGUGUGAUGACGAAAAAGCUGAGUUUGUAACCAUGCAGCUUUGUAUAAAAGAACAUCAAAGGCUAAUGAGGUCAGUAUCUGAUGAGCCUCCAGUUCAAGAAGUUAAAGAACCAGAAACCGAAACUAAGUUAGAAAUUCAAGUUAAAGAUAAAUUGGGUCCUAAAUUUGGAAAACGACAUAGGAUUACGGAAUACAAUAACCGAAGAAAUAAGGAAAUUUUUGGAUUGGGAAAGGUCUUCAGAAUUUUUGUUGAUGAUUACAAUAAUGCUAUGAGGAGUAUUAUGUUACGAGAUUUUUUACAGAGUUCUUUACAGAUAGCAUUACUAUGUCUUUACGUACUGUUUGAGGUAGACAUGCUAUCCAUGACAGCUGGAGUAGGAUUUGGAAUCAUUCUUCUAUGCAGAUUAGGAGUUUACUACUGGUAUGCUAAUGAAGUCAUGAUGAAGAGCUUUGACUUGGUAGAUGCAAUAUAUACAACAAAGUGGUAUGAAAAAUCACGAAGAACAAAGUCGCUAGUGAAUAUUUUCAUGCUCAAAUGUAAUCAAGGAGCAGGACUUCAGAUAGGAACGUUGACUGUGAUGUCUUGGAGCAUAUUUUUUGGAGUAAGUUUUUAA